AUGGCGUGCCGACUUAAACGUGCCGCCGACGACGAAGGCACAUCAACGUCCAAACGACAAGCAUCUUGUCAAAGUAAUGCAUGCUGCUCUCAAGUCAUUAACUCAUUUGCAAACCUUCCCACAGUGGUGAACAUUCGCGCUUUAAGCCUGGAAGACCGCGCAGAUGCCGUUAUCUCUAGCGGAAAACAGAGCUGGACGCUUGCCAACUUGUCCAAGUGGCGUCAUAAGACGCUUAACAUAGGUAGCGAUUCAAAUCAUCUUUGUUCAGAAACAUCAAGCAAGGAAAUUUUACGGCAGCGGCAACGUGCUUACCGUCAUUGGUGUAUCGCCUCUUCAAAAAAACAUCACAACAUUUAG